GUCUACCUUGUGGGAGGUGCUUGAGGCCGCGGAGGUCGUUGGUGUCUGUUGAACGGCUUGUGGAAGUCGUGCUGCCUUGGGUAGGGGUUAAAAUCGUUCUCGAGAGGAACGUCUCUGUCCGAAGAGAACAUGAGUUUAGCUCUGAGAAAUGAGCUUGUAGUUGACAAAACAAAGAGGAAAAAAAGAAGAGAACUCUCUGAAGAACAGAAACAAGAAAUUAAAGAUGCUUUUGAACUUUUUGACACAGACAAAGAUGAAGCAAUAGAUUAUCAUGAAUUAAAGGUGGCAAUGAGAGCCUUGGGGUUUGAUGUAAAAAAAGCUGAUGUACUGAAGAUUCUUAAAGAUUAUGACAGAGAAGCCACAGGGAAAAUCACCUUUGAAGAUUUUAAUGAAGUUGUGACAGACUGGAUAUUGGAAAGAGAUCCACAUGAAGAAAUAUUGAAGGCAUUUAAACUAUUUGAUGAUGAUGAUUCAGGUAAAAUAAGCCUGAGGAAUUUGCGACGUGUUGCCAGAGAAUUGGGUGAAAACAUGAGUGAUGAAGAACUUCGGGCUAUGAUAGAAGAAUUUGAUAAAGAUGGUGAUGGAGAAAUAAAUCAAGAGGAAUUCAUUGCUAUUAUGACUGGUGACAUUUAAAGAAUUACAAGGAUAAACACUAAGAAUGUUGCAGUUAUCAUCUUAUAUUCUAUUUUUGUGCCUGAAGCUGUGUUUAAAAAAAGAAAACAACUUAGUUCUUUUUUCCAAAAGGACCAAAAAUAAGCAUCUUAUGUAUUCAUAUUUUACUACUGUUAAGUUUCUUUAUAUGAACAGUAUUGUUAGUACUCUAAUAGCUUAGCUUUGUAUUUAUAAUAUAGUUUUUAUAUAUAAAGUUUAAAAAAUUGAAUCAUGUGGUACACAUUUUUUGAAGGUUUUUUAUUUAGCAUUAGUAGUCACUUUUGGUGCACAUGUUUUUCAGACUUUCCUUAAUAAAAUGUUUAUUUUUUAGUAUUUUAAAAUUUGGUAAAUUUUCUGUUUAUUUUGAUUCCAAAUGUCUGCUAACCCUCAAGAGUAUCUUUCUUAAAUCUUUUCUCUUUACACGGUUGUUUUCAGAAACGAAAAUUGAAAUAUAAAUUGCAAUAGAAGAGCACAUUUUUCCAUUACAAGUUUGACAUUUGAUGUUUCAGUACAAAAUGAUGACUCAGUAUAGGCAUAAUUCCUUUUUCAUGAGUCAUGUCUUUCAGUUUGGAGGGAAAAAGUAUUGUGCAUAUAGACUCAUUUAUCCUCAUGUAUUCAAUAUUAUGUUCUGUAACGCUUUUGGUAUCUUAAGUUAUGACAGUUAAAUCUGGAUAUUUCUUUCUUAAACUAAUUGAAUAUAGUUUGAAUCAUCUAACUUCUUGACAAAGUGAAAGAAUUAAAUUUUGGAAUUUUGAUCUGUUAAGAUAAUUAUCACUCAAUUAAACGUCACAGUGAUGAAAAUAGGAAACUAAGCCACAGAAAUCAUUUAAGGCUCUGUUUUAGCUGUAUAAAGGAAUGUUCUGUGAUUCACCAGGAAACAGUGGAGACAGAUUUUCCAGAUAUUGGUGGGUUCUUCUUCCUUGUAGAAGUGUAUGUUAGGGGGAAACACGUGGUUAGGGAAGAUAGGUCAUAGUAAUAAUUUGAGGCACUUUAAAUGUUGUGAGCCUCCUAGAAUAUUACAGAAAGAGUUAUCCACUAGAAAUUUAACCAAAAAAUCAGUAGAGAAUAAUGUAACGGUGGUGAUAUUUCAGAUGGUUAUCUAGAAAGCAAGUUAAUUGUUCACCAUAUUAAAAUUCAGUUUUGAAUAUGAAAUCAGUGUUCACAGUAAUACCAAUAUCCAGGGCAACAAAUAGACUGUGAAAUUUAAAAAAUUGUAUCACGUUUACUGAUGAAUUUGCCUUCUAUAUCUCAAUCACAAAAUACAUUGAUUUCCAGGAAAUUGAAGAAUAAAGAAAAUGAAGAAUAAAACACAAACGUAUCUAGGCUUGCUAGUCUUCUACCACUUUAUUGGAAUAAAUAACCUAAGGUACUUUUUGUCACUUACAGAGAUAACUUCUUUAUUCUUAAUAUAAAUGGUUACUCCUUGGGAUGCCAGCAUUUUGUUUCUUCUUACUGUGGGUUGAGGGAAGAGUGCUCACUUCAGUUCUUUAUGUUUGUGAAAGCUUUCUCCUACAGAAGGAUAUGAAUUAUUUUCAAGUUUUUUCCAGUGUUAAUAACUGUAGAGUCAGAGGCUUAUAAAAUUGGCUAGUAGAGGCGGCAAUAAGAAGAAAGGAGUGAAUUUGCUUUAAACAAGAAGGAAGUGGAGGUGGGUAUUAGUCAUUUACCAUUAUAGUUAUAUUUAUUAUGCAAUGGCAUUUCAUGAUGUAAGAAAAUAACUUUCUUGCUAAACUUACCUACUGCAUCUGCUGUUCUGGUAUCCUGGUAAGCUUUGAUAGUUUGGGAUUUGUCAGCUAAGAUCUUGUCUUACAUAUAAACCAACAAAGCCUACUUUAAGUUAUGUACCUCUUAACAGCUCCUAGAUUAGAGUCUGGCGGUAGGUAGUUGGGAUGGGGAGGAAAUCAAAAACAUAUUUGUUAUGCAGUUAAUAUGUGGUGUGGGUACUGCACUAGGCUUAUUUAAUCGUUUAUUGCAGGAAAUUCAUACAGCACUUCUAAUGGAAGACUUUCAAAUUUAGUUGAUGCGCCAGUGUUAAUGGUCUUGCAUUAGCAAACACCAUGAUGAGUUAGACGAUCCAAUUGAGUUGCUAAUUUCCUCAACUCCCUAAACCAUCUGUCUGAUGCUAAUCUCUGGAUGUAAAUUCUCUUGGGAAUUGCUAGUGAUGUGUUCUACACUAAAGAUAAUUUCUAAUGUUCUGAAGACCAAUGUGAAGAAGGCAAAAGAGUGUCAAAAAAUCACUUAAAAUAUGAAGUUAAAAAAAUUACAUAAGUAAUAUAUAAAGGUAAUAUAUAAAGUAAAAGUGAAAAUUCUUUUUUUUUUAACUGCCAGCUCCACUCCCAUUCCUCUGAAUAGUAUCAGUUUCAGUUAGACCUCAGACAUCAAGAGGAGCACAACUGGAUAUUUUAACAGAGUGUAAUAUAGGGAAUAGGUUAAAUUGGUGCUGGAGAACCAAAAAAAAAAAAAAAUCAGGAAAGGAACACUGGGAUAGCUGAGGGUAAAAGUUGUAGUUACUGGAAACUAGAA